CAAGUCACCUUGGCGCUCGGGGCCGGAGCCGACAAAGACGGGACCCUGCUGCUGGAGGGCGGCGGCCGCGACGAGGGGCUGCGCAGGACCCCUCAGGGCCUCGGGCUGCUGGCCAAGACCCCCCUGAGCCGCCCGGUCAAGAGGAACAACGCCAAGUGCCGGCGCGUCCAAACUUUGAUCUACGACGCCCUCGAGAGACCGCGGGGCUGGGCGCUGCUCUACCACGCGCUCGUGUUCCUGAUCGUCCUGGGGUGCUUGAUUCUGGCCGUCCUGACCACGUUCAAGGAGUAUGAGACAGUUUCGGGAGACUGGCUUCUAUUACUGGAGAGUAACCCUACUCGCCACGUGCGGUCGUUGUCACCAUUUAACGCGACAGCGCUGGGCACACGCUCAGACAUCUUCGUGCUGAUUGCCUCUGUGCCUGUGGUCGCCGUGGGCAACCAGGGCAAUGUCCUGGCCACCUCCCUGCGGAGCCUGCGGUUCCUGCAGAUCCUGCGCAUGCUCCGGAUGGACCGGAGGGGCGGCACCUGGAAGCUCCUGGGCUCGGCCAUCUGCGCCCACAGCAAAGAGCUCAUCACCGCCUGGUAUAUCGGAUUCCUGACGCUCAUCCUUUCUUCGUUUCUUGUCUACCUGGUUGAGAAGGAUGUGCCGGAGGUGGAUGCACAAGGAGGAGAGAUGAAAGAGGAGUUUGAGACCUACGCAGAUGCCCUUUGGUGGGGUCUGAUCACACUGGCUACCAUUGGCUACGGAGACAAGACGCCCAAAACGUGGGAGGGCCGCCUGAUUGCAGCCACCUUUUCCUUAAUCGGCGUCUCCUUCUUUGCCCUUCCAGCUGGCAUCCUGGGGUCCGGGCUGGCGCUCAAGGUGCAGGAGCAGCACCGCCAGAAGCACUUUGAGAAAAGAAGGAAGCCGGCUGCCGAGCUCAUCCAGGCGGCCUGGAGGUAUUACGCCACCAACCCCAACAGGAUCGACCUUGUGGCGACAUGGAGGUUCUACGAAUCAAUCGUGUCUUUUCCGUUCUUCAGGAAAGAACAGCUGGAGGCAGCAGCCAGCCAAAAGCUGGGUCUCUUGGAUCGGGUUCGCCUUUCUAAUCCUCGUGGUAGCAAUACUAAAGGAAAGCUAUUUACCCCUCUGAAUGUAGAUGCCAUAGAAGAAAGUCCCUCUAAAGAACCAAAGCCUGUUGGCUUAAACAGUAAAGAACGCUUCCGCACCGCCUUCCGCAUGAAAGCCUACGCUUUCUGGCAGAGCUCUGAAGAUGCCGGGACUGGGGAGCCCAUGGCGGAAGACAGGGGCUACGGGAAUGACUUCCUCAUCGAAGACAUGAUCCCCACCCUGAAGGCUGCCAUCCGAGCUGUCAGAAUUCUACAGUUCCGUCUCUAUAAAAAAAAGUUCAAGGAGACUUUGAGGCCUUACGACGUGAAGGAUGUGGUUGAGCAGUAUUCUGCAGGGCACCUGGACAUGCUCUCCAGGGUAAAGCAUCUGCAGACGAGAAUAGAUAUGAUUUUCACCCCCGGACCGCCAUCCACCCCAAAACAUAAGAAGUCUCAGAAAGGGGCAGCCUCAUUCACCUACCCAUCUCAGCAAUCUCCCAGGAAUGAACCAUUCGUAGCCAGAGCAUCCACAUCGGAAACCGAAGACCAAAGCAUGAUGGGGAAGUUCGUGAAAGUCGAAAGACAGGUGCACGACAUGGGGAAGAAACUGGAUUUCCUGGUGGACAUGCACAUCCAGCACAUGGAACGGAUGCAGCUGCACAUCACGGAGUGCUACCCGGCCAAGGGGGCCUCCUCGCCGGCCGGGCUGGAGAAGAAGGAGGACUUGAAAACCAUCAUUUGCAACUAUUCCGAGACAGGCCCCUCUGGCGCCCCCUACGGCUUCCAGCAGGUGUCCAUUGACAAAUUCGGCCCCUACGGGUUCUUUGCCCACGACCCGGUGACGCCGCCCCAAGGCGGAUCCAGUUCUGGAAAGGUCCAGGCGACCCUUCCCGCCUCCACAGCAGUGUUUCUGGAAAGGCCCACCGUCCUGCCUAUCUUGACUCUUCUCGACUCCCGAGUGAGCUACCAGUCCCAGGCGGAACUGCCCGGCUCGGAUUGGGUCUCCCCACGGCAGAGACGCAGCAUCACGAGGGACAGUGACACACCCCUGUCCCUGAUGUCGGUCAACCACGAGGAACUGGAGCGGUCUCCGAGUGGCUUCAGCAUCUCCCAAGACAGAGACGAUGUGUUUGGCCCGGGUGGGGGCCCGAGCUGGAUGAGGGAGAAACGGUACCUCGCCGAGGGUGAGACAGACACGGACACGGACCCCUUCACGCCCAGCGGCUCCAUGCCUCUGUCAUCCACAGGCGACGGGAUCUCUGAUUCGAUAUGGACCCCUUCCAACAAGCCCAUUUAA